UGGUCAUUUCAACAUAAUCACAACAAACAUAAAAAAAAUUUUAUUGCAAACUGCAACAACAACGUACGACAAAAUAAUAAAUAAACACAACACUUUAAAAAUAAAUAUAAAAAAACAUGAUUAAAAUGCCAGAAUCAGAGAUAAAUGAGAAAAUCUACGAUCAUCGUGUUUUAACGGACUGGUCAAAUGUGAACAACAAUACAAAUGGCACCAUGCACUAUUCAAAGGACAUGAUAUUCAACGAUGGUCAUCGUCUAUCGAUUACUGUUUAUAGUUUUCUCUUUGUGAUCUCAGCAAUUGGCAACUCAACCGUGUUGUAUCUAUUAACCAAACGACGUUUACGUGGUCCGUCGCGGAUUGACAUCAUGUUAAUGCAUUUGGCGAUAGCCGAUCUAAUGGUGACGUUUCUACUGAUGCCGCUAGAGAUUGCGUGGGCCUAUACAGUGCAAUGGAAAUCGACAGAUUUCGUAUGUCGUCUUAUGAGUUUCUUUAGAGUAUUUGGUCUAUACCUAUCGAGUUUCGUGUUGGUAUGCAUAUCGAUUGACAGAUAUUAUGCUAUAAUUAAACCUUUGAAUCUCUCUACAAAUCGUGGCCGCAUAAUGUUGGUCAUAGCCUGGUGUAGUUCCAUAUUGUGUAGUUUGCCACAGGCAUAUGUAUUCCACUUGGAAGAGCAUCCGAAAGUUAAAGGCUAUUAUCAAUGUGUAACAUUUCAUUCAUUUGCCAGUGAAUUUCACAAAUUAUUCUAUAACAUUGCCAACAUGUGCGCCAUGUAUGCCUGUCCAUUGAUCACUUUUAUCUAUUGCUAUGGGGCAAUCUACGUGGAAAUUUAUCGCAAAAGUCAGCGUAUAGUUAAAGGCAUUGAACGUUUUCGUCGUUCCAAUGAUGAUGUUUUGAGUCGUGCCAAAAAGAGAACUUUAAAAAUGACAAUCACUAUUGUUAUUGUUUUCAUUAUAUGCUGGACUCCUUAUUAUAUCAUCUGUAUGUGGUACUGGAUAGACAAAUCAUCAGUGGAUGAGGUCAGUUCUUUAAUACGCAAGGGAUUGUUUAUAUUUGCCUGCACCAACUCGUGCAUGAAUCCCAUUGUCUAUGGGGCAUUUAAUAUACGGGGACGGAUAAGUCAUAAUCAUACGCAGUCUACCAUGAGUAAUCGCCACACAUCUUUAUACCAACGAGGAGAUUCUUCAAAUCAGUUGCCAAAACAUUUGCUUAAUAUGAAUGGAGGCAGUGGUAAAAUACCCAUAACAAAUUCUUUGGCAACACAGGAAAAUAAUACUAAUAAAUUGAACAGUUUAACAACAGCGGAAAAACAGAACAAGGACAAUGAAACUACAGCCAUGAUAUGUAUAAAUUGUGGUGACUCUAUUGAACUUGCUAAUCUUCAAAAAUCUUAAAAAAACAGCAACAACACUAUAUAGAAAUGCUCAAAAGUUUAAUACAACAAAACAUGCUAUGCUGUCUUUCUGUUUUAUUACAACAAUUUAAUGAUCAUUAACUGCUAUUACAAAAAGAGUUAAUUAACUCGAUUACUUGCAUUAAUAGACUUUUUUCUUUAAUAAUAUUUGGCUACCUCUCUCUCCCUCUUCUUUAUUUCUCUAUCUUUUUUAAAAACACAUUCUAUUCUCUCUGUCUAAUUUUUAUAGUUUUAUUUUUUACAUCAUUACAUACUGCUACAUUAUUAUUCUUAAUCAAUUUAAAACAAAAAAAUAUUUAAAAAAAACAAUUUAUUAUUUAUUAAAACAAAAACAAGAAAAAUAUUUAUAUGUAUGUGUUUGUAGUACCGAUGCAUAUUUAGAUGGUGGUCGUUGUUAGUGUUAGUUAAUAGUUGAAUUUAUAUUUUUAGUUUUAAUGAUUAAAUAAAAAAAAGAAAUAUUUAUUUAUAAUAAAAAUAUCAACAAACACGAUUUGAAAGUCCAUUUAA